AUGCUGAAGGAGCACUUCAGAGACAAUCAGCACAGCAGCAGCGGAGUGAAGCCGAGUGAGGACCGAGGAGGUCGACCGCUGGGCUGCAGAGGGACUGAAGCCUGGACUCCAAGAAUGCUGUCCUCUAACCUCUUUCUCCUCCUCAAGAUGUUCUUGGGAGUGAGACUGUUGCUCUUUUUGUGUCUCAACAAAUUUGAUAACAGAAAGGGAGUCCUGAUGGGAGCGUUUCGUUUGAACCUUGACCCCACCCUUUCUCCCUCCAUCCCCUGCUCCUCAGAGAGCCACUUGUGCACUUCACAAUAG